AUGUUGGUCCUUGCCUUCGGCUGCAUGUGCCUGUGGGCGCUGAGCGGCCGCACUUUUGUGAGUGGCCCAGCCAUGCAGACUCGUCAGGUGUCCGUGUCGGCGGCGGCACAGGUAGCUUACGAAACGGACAUGCCUGCUGAGAACGGCGUCUACCCAGUGGGCAAUGCCAAGCGGACCGCGCCUUACGGCGAGCGCGACCCUCUGCCAGAGGGCUAUGGCAUCCGCACUGGCCUGUCGGACCUUCUGAAGCCACUGAACGCUGAAGCGGGAGUUGUGGCCAAGGAGGACAGCAUCCCUACGGUGCUUGUGAUGGUGACAGGCAUCGUCAUGCUGUUCUUGUUCUACCUCCUGCUCCUGCUGCUCGACAACCAGUCGGUCUUGCUGCCGCCCGAGGACGAGUUCGACGAAUAUGUGCAGAAUUUCCUGCCAUACUUCUUCUUCGGUGAGAAGUGUCGUGAGGCUUUCUUAGCCGUACAGCUAGGCCCAGUACUUGCCAAGUACGAUGAUAGCAUUUUUGAUAGACAUCGCCCAGUAUCCGCUGUCUUUGUUGUGUCGCAGAUCAUGGCUCGUGGCAUGUUGGUCCUUGCCUUCGGCUGCAUGUGCCUGUGGGCGCUGAGCGGCCACGCUUUUGUGAGUGGCCCAGCCAUGCAGACUCGUCAGGUGUCCGUGUCGGCGGCUGCACAGGUAGCUUACGAAACGGACAUGCCUGCUGAGAACGGCGUCUACCCAGUGGGCAAUGCCAAGCGGACCGCGCCCUACGGCGAGCGCGACCCUCUGCCAGAGGGCUAUGGCAUCCGCACUGGCCUGUCGGACCUCCUGAAGCCACUGAACGCUGAAGCGGGAGUUGUGGCCAAGGAGGACAGCAUCCCUACGGUGCUUGUGAUGGUGACAGGCAUCGUCAUGCUGUUCUUGUUCUACCUCCUGCUCCUGCUGCUCGACAACCAGUCGGUCUUGCUGCCGCCCGAGGACGAGUUCGACGAAUAUGUGCAGAAUUUCCUGCCAUACUUCUUCUUCGGUGAGAAGUGA